AUGGUAGAUUUACACGCUCUCAAAGGCGAGAUGAUCCAGAUUUUUGCUGGAAAAUAUGUGAAGAAGGGACAGGUCGAAGGUGAAAAACUUUGGUAUUGGGUGAAGAUAAUCGCGGGACUCAAGGUCAAAGUUAUUAUCUGGCCAGAGCAAGAAUACAAGAGAAGCGACAGGUUUAUCCUUUUGACUGUGGACGGUGUCGAUUUUCGAACAUGGGAGAAGUCAACAAACGACAGCAACAUGGACCCAAAAGCUAUGAGCCACAAGUACAAACAUGGUGCACUCAAGUAUGAGAUUGGGAUCGAUGCAUAUGAGGCCAAGAUCGUAUGGGUAAGCGGACCAAAGAGGGGUGCUAUGGGUGAUCGGGAAAUCUUUGCAGAAGAUGGAGGGCUACGGGAAAAGGUUCCAGAAGGAAAAGUUGUUGUCUGUGACAGAGUCUACACUGACAAAAAGACGGCAGGCAACAACGCAAAGCUUGCCCUCCCCAGCCUUGCUGAUCCUGGACCCCUAUUCGAAUUCAAAUCCAAGUUGCGAGCAAGACAAGAGAGUUUGAAUGGAAGAUUGAAGGACUUUCGAAUCCUUGAUGCGACUUAUCAUCAUGAUCCGAAGAACCAUGUGUUUGUGCUGGAGGCAGUUGCUGUGCUUGUUCAGUAUGCUAUGGAUCAUGGACAUCCAAUUUUCCCCGCAAAUACUGGUGAUCAUUACCCAGAUUCGGAUGUUUAA